CCACGUUCGCUUACAUGUGGCUUUAUAAAGAGGAGGUGCAGAAGCUUUCCUUACUCCCUCCUGGGGUUUGGUCCAGUCUUUUCCCCCAGAACAGCCUUUGCUAUGGCUGGCCUGAAUGUCUCCAUUGCUUUCUUUUUCCUGGUGGUUGGGGUAUGCCAGGUACUCAGGCAGCUUUCCAAGAGGCUUCUGUCUCCUGGAGCAUAUGGCUGCCUUGCCAGAGAACUUGCUGGCUCAUUACAGCUGUGCAUGAGCUGCCUUGAGCUGAGGAUGCUGGUGGAGAUUGGCCCAUGGGGUGGUGGCUUUGGUCCAGACGUGGUCCUUACGCUGCUCUUCCUCCUCUUCGCUGUUCAUGGCGCCUCUUUUGAUGGAGCAUCUGCCAACCCGACUGUCUCUCUUCAGGAGUUCCUGCUCCUUGAGUCCAGCCUAGCAGCAACUGCUACCAAGCUGCUGGCCCAGGGUGCAGGCAUGGGCAUGGGCUGGGCUGUCACCAAGCUCUACUGGUCGUGGGAACUGUCACAAUUCCACCUCAUCCAGAACCUGAUAGCGCCAGAGUGCAUCUCCGCCAUCCGCACCGCUCUUCACCACGCUGCCUUUGCGGAAGGCAGCUGCUCUUUUCUUUUCCACCUUGUCCUUUUCAAGCUGCGACAGAGUCACCCAGUGUACCGGGUACCUGCACUGGCAGCGACUGUCACCUUCCUGAGCUACACAGCUGGACCAUACACCGGGGCCUUCUUCAACCCUGCUCUGGCCACCGCUGCCACCUUUCACUGCUCUGGGAGCAGCUUUUGGGACUACAUCCGGGUGUACUGGCUGGGGCCCCUCACAGGGAUGCUCACUGCCCUCCUGCUAUUCCAAGGCAACAUCCCGCGACUCUUUCAGAAAAACCUCCUUUACAGACAGAAGAGCAAAUACAAGAUACCCAAGGCAAAGGUGGUGCACGUGGAGGGUGACGAACCACAGCAGAAGAGGAAAGGAGAGAAGAGCAACUCCAAGCCCUGUGCCUGA